ACUGGCCCUUUAAACAUGAAUCUCCUUUUCUCGACGGUCCUGGAAGGCGGCUUGAAGUUUCCAUCUGACGUCACCCGGAAGCGGGGGACGGGGGGUGGAGCCCGGGAGAAGAUGGCGUUUCUUCGCUGUAGGCGAGAUCCCUGCGGCGUUAUCUGCCUGAUUUUAACUUACUUCAGCGUGUUUUAUGCGGACUAUGUGGUCAUACAGUACGUGCUCAUCCCCGCGUACUCGGACAGUGUGUGGUGUACUCUCCACGGGUCAGUGUUCAACCUCAUUCUGCUGCUGCUGCUUGCCUGCCACUCCAAAGCUGUCUUCUCAGAUCCUGGUAUGGUGCCUCUUCCUGACACGGCCAUCGACUUCUCGGACCUCCGCUCUCAGUCGUCUCGGAUGAACGAGCGGGGCUGCGAGGGCUGGACGGUGUGCAGUCGCUGCGAAACCUACAGACCCCCCAGAGCGCAUCACUGCCGUGUCUGCCAGAGGUGCAUACGGCGCAUGGACCACCACUGUCCCUGGAUCAAUAAUUGUGUCGGGGAGCUAAACCAGAAGUAUUUCAUCCAGUUUCUCUUCUACACUGGUAUGGCCAGCCUGUACUCCAUGGUGCUGGUGGUGUCGGCGUGGGUGUGGAGAAUAAGGAAUGAACGAGGCGGUGACGCAGAGAAGGAAGGCGAGGAGACGCCCAGCAAACACCUGAUAGUGGCGCAUUACAUCAUCCUCCUCGUGGAGUCGGUGCUGUUUGGUGUGUUUGUCAUGGUCAUCUUCUACGAUCAGCUGGUCUCCAUAAUCACAGACGAGACUCCCAUCGAGCAGAUGCGAAACAGGCUGAUGAUUAAAGACAGGGCCUCUUCGUCCUCUUCAUCCUCCUCCACCUCCUCCUCACAGCUGCCUCACCACCCUUCACACACCCGCAAACCGAAGCUGGCCCUGUUGCGGGAGGUCUUUGGGAGAGGUUCAGUCUUUUGCUGGCUUCUCCCGCUCCACUCCAGCCCUCCGUCAGUUGGUGGCAUCACCUACUCCGCCCUGCCCGACUACGACGUCUGACCCGUGGGCACAAGAGGGGACGGAGAGGAGAGGAAAAUAAAGGGAAGGCGAGGGAGGUUUUUGUGUGCUUGUGUGAGCGCGUGAAUGAAUUUUUUGCAUAUUUAUGAUGUCUUAUCUCUGGAACUGAGGGGGUGAGAGUAAAAGGGAUGAAGGCCGAGGUGUGAAUGAAUGAAUGAAGAAUGAAUAAUGCACCAAAUAUGACACUCCUCCAGGACCUAAACACAAUGUUUUUGCUCAUGAAAACCUAUUUCUCAUCUUUCCCGGCACGAGGAGAGAGCACUGACUGCCCCCCCGAUGUGUCCCGAUGUGCAACAGCAGUUAUAGGAAAGAGCUACUCCUGUGUGGACACUGGGAUUUGACUGGUGUGGCUUUUAGACAGUUUCACACUAAACAGGCUGAAUUAAAAAGGUCUAAAUAUAAUGUCCACUACACCCAACGACUCCAAAUCUGUGGGAGGGGGGGAAAUGAGACGCACAGUCGCUUCAACGUUCUUUAAAGAGUAACUCAAAAACAGGCACAAGUCCCCUGACGAGGGUUUAAAUCCUGACAGGCGUAGAACACGACCUUGUGAUUCCUCAUGUUGUGAGGGUGAGUCGAUGCUUGUCUUUCAUGUUCGGUUCAGACAGCGAUCACCAUCAGCUCUGCCUUUAACAAUAGAUUUGAUGUCAGCUCAGUUAUGAAACUGAGCUUGGCGUUAUACUUGUGAGACAUCUCUCUUUAUGGCACGAUGAUUAAAAUUUAGUUAAACCUCCAGAUUUUUAUUUGUGGAAUUUACUUUUCUAUUCAGUUCAAUUCAGUUUUAUUUGUAUAUCGCCAAAUCACAACAACAAUCAGCUCAAGGGGAUUGUAAGACCCUACAGUAAUACAGAGAAAAUCCCAACAAUCAGAUGACCCCAAUGAGCAGGUGAAACUACACGACCAGCUUCGCAUGAUUUACAAUUAAAAAUAAGCCUUAUUUAUAUUAAAUAAAGCUCCUCCUACUUUAAGCCAGCUUUCUUCUCAUUGGAUGCCUCUGGUCACUCUGUGCAUUUGUGUAUGUGUGAAACUUAUCAUUUGUACAGAGAGCGUGUAACCUCAUCUGUCCAAAACUUCCUCCAAAUAUGGGUAUGGAGUCAUUCUUUAAUCCCGUGAGUGUAAGAAGAGGAAAGCCCGUCCUUUGAGUUACUCUUUAAUUAAAAUGCCUGUGACGUUUCAGCCACCGCGACCAGCUGAUGUCCAUUAAUAGUCACAUACCAGUCAAAUCCCAGUGCUUUACUGCUUUAUUCAACCAGUAUUUAUGCUGGUGAUUGUUUUACCACUCAAGCUUUCAUCAGCCUCCACAGGAAGUUUCUAAAAUAGGUCAGUUCAGCUUCCUGGUUCAUCUCAGUGUUUCUUAAUCAUACACUGCAGCACGAAAGAGAGACUAUUUGAGUUUUUAUGUACAGUCGAGGUUUAAUUAUUCGGGAUGCACUGAUACUGAAUUUGUUUGGUUCUCUGUGUUUUGAUUUGUUUUUAGUUUGUUUUCCUUCCACACUGGUGAAGCCUUGUGGUGCAAAACAUGUCAAGCUUUAAAUUUUGUUUAUGCAACUACUACCAUGGUAUGCUUUGUGGUCAUAAGUAUGUAUGCUUUUUCAAUCUACGCUGGUGUUCAACCAGAAAGUUUAUCCACAGGGAUAUUUGUACGUUUUGAUGGUGGGGCUCUAUUGGGAAUGAAUAAGCCCUCUAAUUGAAGCAUCCAAAUACUUUUAGUCACAUAGUUUAUUAACGUGUUUACGUGGAGGGCAAUUAAUUAUCUAUUUUUAUUCUCGUGCUCAACAAAUCUUAAAUUGUUUCUAUAUUUAUAACAUUCGUUCGUUUUAUUCUGAAACAUAAAUGGAUUAGCUUCUUGUGCAGUCAUGUACCAGAUUAAGAGAGUCCAGGAUUACAAGCGUGUGUGGGAAUGCUGAAUUCUUGUUUGGGGGUUUUUGUUUUUUACUCUUCAUUCUUCUGUUUGACGUGCUACUAAACUUCAUUACAUUUGCAGAUUUCUUACACUAUUAUUACGCACACAUGCACACACACAUAUAGUUUGGUGCAAUUGAAGGUAUAAAAAAGAAGCUGCUUUUGGGGAAAAAGGAUUUACUACACUGAAAUCUGUUUUGACAGUGAAACACAAACUCAGAGUACACCAGUGAGUAUUCUGCUUUAUCUCAGUGAAGGGACGACUCUUAACUUAUUUAUGGUUUCUAACUAUUCUGUGGAGUUAACUCUAACAAGUGUGUAUUUUUAUGUGAGGGGUGGGGCUGCCUUUCACUGCUGACCUGUUACUUGGAUAUAUUUGAAAGUAUUAAACCUUAAGUGACAGAGGCGGGCGAUUUAUCAGCACAUUAUAUUUUUUACAGAGGAGCACAGGAAACACUCUCAAAUGGAUGAUGGUGAUCAUGUGAUACAUUUUAUAAAGUAAACUGGUGGCUUUGUAUUGGAAAGAGUCAGAGGUCAGACAUGAAGGCAGCUCCACCCUCUGUGUGGUUUUAUGUAUGUUUGUAUAUAUUUUUUCAUUUCCUUGUCCAACCUGGGCUAAACAAUAUUCUGCAAAUUGUCCAUUUUCUCAGAGUACUCACUGCAGCCCUCAGAGGUUUUGAUCAAAACUUGUCAGUUGGGAGAUGAAGUUACAUGAGUUAAUCUGCCUUUUUUAUAUUUUAACAUGUUUUUGGAUAUGUAUUAACAAUUUAAAGGCAAAAUAUUAAAGAUUAGAGAGAUGUUAUGAGACAGCUGUAGAAAGACUUCUAGUUCUGCAUUCACAUUGUGAACAACUUGGUGGCGCUGGUGCUGAAACGCAUACUUUAUUUUGACCUUUUAACGUUACACUUCAUAUGGCUACAUGAAUAUAAACAAAUUAUACUAAAUAUUUUUACAGUAAGAAUGAGUCAAAAAUUGUUGAAGCACACAUGUACUGCUAUGUUUUUUUGUUUUUGUUGUUGUUGUUGUUAAUGUGGACAUCCCGCAUAUCUGAAAAAAUAUGUACAUCUGGGGCUAGUGGCUGGUUAGCUUAGCUUAGCAUUGGACCUAGAAAUUAGAUUAUCCAAAAUCAGAAUAGCAAUGUGCGGUGUCAACCAAUGAAAGUGGCUUGAAGGCCAUAGGUGGAGCUUUACGUCAACUGCUACUACUGCUACUUGGACGAUCACAAGGGUCUUUUUCUUGUCUUUUUUUUUUUUUUUUAGACUUAGCUAGAAAAAUUACUUGGCUAUGCUAAAGAAAAGAUUGCUUGACUGUGCAAGUUGAGAAAUUAGGCUAAAUGUACCUACACUGCAACAACAUAACAGAAAUUGAUUGCAAUAAACUUGUCAGAAUGCAUCCUUUCAGGGUCAGGGCUAACUAACAUAGUAAUAUUUUUCAAAAGAAACACCAGCAUUUUUAUUACAAGUUAAGUCUGCUAUGACAAUAUUUCCCGAGAGAAGCUCAUCUUUAAAUGGGAACUGAUUCGAGGUAGACUCUGGAGGCCACUGUGGCAUUGCACUGGCUCAGUAUGAACCAGUCUCUGGCCACUUUCAGUGUAACUGGGUGGCUAGCUGGCUUAAGUCCUGAUUAUACUUGGACAUGGACAGAUGGAGACAUGAUGGCAGAGUUGCUGUAUUUUAAUGUAAUGUCUCAGCAGAUGAGUCCAUUAAGUCAGAAGAAACAUGUGGGUUGGCAGAUGUCUGCACAGACCCUGGCGCUCAAUGUCUGACGAAGAAAAUUUAUGUGACUUAAAUACCAGCGGACUCAUGGCUGCAGAAAGUAUAAUUAAGGCUUAACAACCAGCAUAGGCUUUAGGAAGAACUCCGUAGACUUAUGGGACUAGGUGUUUCAAAGCUUUACAGAAAGAUAAGCUAAUAAACUGCUAGCUUAAACGUGCAUCAGGGUAUUAUUCUUAAACACUUGCACAGUUGGUUGAUUCUCACAAAGAUCCCCCCACAUGAGGAAAAAUACAAGGCUUCUGGAACAUUCAAACUAAUAAAGAUUCAGUAUUUUCUAACAUUAAAAUGUUAGUUUAAAUUUUGCCUUUAAGCUCAUCAUUUUCCUCCAAACUGUCAAAGAAAGCAGAAUCUCGUGUUGCUCAGCUGUGAGGCGAGCCUUACUGCCUGGUAAAUGCAACAUGUGGAGCGUGGAAAGACUACGAAUGCAUGGGACGAUUCUCCAAGGCUCUUGGACCUUUUAAAGAGAAAAAUCAUACAUCUAUAUGAGGGUUUUACUGUUUGUUUCAUUCUAAUUUAUUUAGAAUUAUGUUGCACAUUGGAUUUUAAAUGUAGCUGCAUUUUGUUCACGGUGUGAAAGCACGUUUUUGGAGCCAGGGGUUCUUCGAGCUGUACGCUGCCUUAUUUCUGUGGGAUUUUGAACUUUUAUAGUGACUGCAGAGGAUGGUGGAAGGGUUUCCGGAAAGUUUCUCAUAACCGCUCUCAUGACAGACAGAAACACUCAGUCCUCACCCAGGUUGGGUCUCUGCUAGCUGUACAUAGGAAAGUUCAUAUUUUCUAUCAAUGAUGUGCAAUUCUCAUGAAGGGACAGUUCCUGGAGUCUUUUUUGUUUUUGAUCAGUUUGAAGCAAAACGAGGUUUGAAAUGUUUUUGAUCUUGUGAACGUCAGAGAAGUCCAGAGGUACACAAGGUUUGACGUUUUAAUUAAUCUCUCCUUAAAAUUAUUUUUGGUCUAAUUGAGGGUUUAUUCAGGGCUGAACAAAGAGUCCAAAACAUCACUCACAAACGAAACCAACUGUACCUCAAAUUUGUCCAACACCUAAAAAAAACACAAAAAAACAUUUUAAACUGUAAAUGUUUUUGUCCAGGUGUGUGUUUGUAUCAUCAGCGCUUGUUUUUGUUGAACCAUGUCGGGGCAGUUGCCUCCUUAUAAUUGAUUCUGUUAAAAUCCAGCAUAGAUGUUGCUAGCUGAAACAAAACCAGCGCACCUCGUGUGCUGUUUUACUAGACAGCAAGAAGGAAUGUGCGCACACACAAAGAGGGCCUGAAAUUAAUAGCUAGCCGCCAGUCAAACACAAGCGCUAAAUCAGAGGAUAUUUUUUUUUUUGUAAUUUUUUUGUUUAUUUGAGCCAAAUCCAAAAAACCUUGAAAAAUGAUAUUUUGAGAUUUGGGAAGAUAUGUUUUCAGAUUGGGUUGUUGGUUGGCUAAAAAAAAAAAAAAUUCAGAGCCCAAAGAACAGAGUUUAAUAUCAUGUGGCUUCAUGAUGAACAAGUUUACAGCUCACUGAUAUUUUAUUUAUUUCAUGUUACAACCUUGAAACCGUGACCUGUGUAUCAUUUCUAUUGAUAUACUGCUCUGGAUUGUUCACCUGGAAUUAAACUGAUGUCUUUUAAACUA